CAAGGACUACAGUGAGGGGGUCUAAACAGAUGACGUUACUCCACGUCCUACGUCACACCCAGAAUCCCUACGACAGAUCCGCAGCGACGCCUAGCGGAGCUUUCUCGUUACCAAUGACAACUGUUCAAACAAACAUCCAGGACUGAGAACAAACUUAGUUAAACACAGAAAUCCGAUAUGCUGCAGGCCUUUCAUGACCAUUUAAAAAAAUAAAUAGCUUAGCAAACAGGUCAAAAUAUUAGCUUUAAUUAAUAUCGUGUGCUAGGGAUAGGAAAGGAAGAGUUAUAUCCUUGUGUUUUGAAGUACGCGUCGCUACUUUUCUGCAUUCUAGAUGACGUGAUCUUCAUUAGUAAGUUCCCAAAGAACGUUCUGCUGCUGUAAACAUGAGCUCACCGCUAUCCACGCUGAGGAAGAACAAACGAGCUCCUCUACCAGACAUACAGAGUGAUGGCUCCGCCGAGUGAUUUUGAACUUAUGUCAAGCAUGAUGCAGAAGAUCAUUCAGCUUGAGAGAAAGGUGAAAACUCAGGCUGUGGAUAUUGAGCAUAAGGCAAGAAGAAUAGCAGUUCUGGAAGAGAAACUGAAUCUUUUGCAAGAGGCAAAAGCGAAAUCUACAAGUAAUGGGAACAAAGAUGAAGAACUGGUUAAAUUGUGCCUUGAGCUUCAAAACCAAGUGUGGGAAAUGGAGAAGUUUCUGAAUGAUUAUGGGAUGAUCUGGGUUGGACGUUAUGAAGAACGUGAGCAGGCCAACAGCCAUCUUCCUGGAGCAACUAAUGCACGCAGGAGUUUCAGGAUGAACUAUGACCUGGUCCUGCAGAACAUCCAGGAACUGAACAUGGUAGCAGGGGAAGGGGAGUCCCAUGUGACCGCUGUCCCUGGUGGGGCCAAACUUACCCAGCAGUCUUCCAUACCUCUUUGGCUCUACAAAAAUGGCAUUGUCAUGUUCAGUGGUCCAUUCCGCUCCUAUCAAGACCCUCGCACACAGGAAUUCAUACAAGACUUGGUGGAUGGUUUUUUUCCUUCUGAGCUUCAGGAAAGGUUUCCUAAUGGUGUGCCCUUCCAGGUUAGUGACAAACGGGACGAGGAGUUCAUAGUUAGGCAACCAGGGACUGUGUUUCCUGGAAGAGGGCAAACUAUAGAUGGAGCAGGAAGGCAUUCAGUGUACAGUUCUGAGCAGACCAGCUCCACAGCUCCAAAACAGAGUCAGAUACCAGGCAAAAAGCUGUCCAUGGAACAGUUCUUGCGGAAGCUCCCAGAGACUGUGGUGAAGGAAGGCAAAGUGAUCAGUAUACGUGACUCAAUCAAGACUCAUCUACUGGGCUUUCCUGAUGGUGGCAAAAGUCACUCGGUGACUACUGUGGAAACAUCUGCCCUGCAGGCCUUGAGAGAACGUGAGACAGACUCUUCACUAUCAGCACAAGACGUCGCUACACUACGACUGAAGUCUGAGGAUGGCAUGGAGACAUUUAUCAUGAGAAUGUACUUCACUGAGACCAUUGGAGAUCUCCGUCACUACUUGGACCUGAAAAGAGGACCGGGUGCUGCACUAUAUGACAUCAUUAGUGCAUUUCCACAGCGGUGCUACAGUGAUGACACCCAGACGCUGCUGUCCUGUGGUCUGACUCCAAAUGCAGCGCUGCUCCUGCGUCCACAAGCUUCAUCUCACAGACAGUGUGGAGACACAGAGAACAACAACCGUCAACUCAUUGUAAAAUAACCAGUGAGCAUCAUUAAUUCAUUGCUGACUCCAGAUUUCUCACUGAUCAUACAUCAAGUACAGAAUUUGGAUAUUGAUAAAUCAGGUAGGAGAGGUCCAAACACAGCAAUUAGCAUGUUUAAAAUCAUUUUUAAAAUCACUAAAUGAUUGAUAAAUUUAAAAUCAAACAAUUCAAAUUACAAUAACUUAUUAUCAACUGAUAUUAUACAAGUUAUUUUUCUAUUCUCUGUAAAUGAACCAGGAGGUAACACCCAAUCACCUGUCAAGGUGGUCUAUGGUUUAUAUUAUUUAAUUCCAUAUUAUUGUUCCAACUAAUUCUUUUAAACAUAUUUUUUUCUUUUGAACCAUUUGCAGAAAUGUAUCAAUUUACAAAUAGUCUUUUGGGUGAGGUCAAAUACACUGAAACAUCUCUAUAAUAAACGGGUUUAGCUGCUUUAGAUACUCCAAUUAUUAAGAUGUGCAAAAAAAAAUAUCAAGCAUGUUGUUGUUGUUGAGUGGUGUGU